AUGGCACACGGCGGAAACCUUCAGUGGUCACGACUAUUCUCUCCGAAGAAAUGCUUCUUCUACUUCAUCUUCUGGGGUGCCCAUUGGGCCAUAUUCGCUUAUGGAUGGUGGAAACAGGCUGGCGAUGAGCGGCUUGCACCUCUAAACGGUCUUCAAUACUCCGUCUGGCUUUCUCGUGGUGCUGGUCUUGUCUUGUCCGUCGACACCAUGGUCAUCGUUAUGCCCAUGUGCAGGAACAUUCUCCGAGCUAUUCGGCCAAAGGUUCGAUGGUUACCACUCGACGAAUCAAUGUGGUUCCAUCGUCAAGUCGCAUAUGCUAUGCUGUUCUUCACCAUCAUUCACACCGCUGCGCAUUAUGUCAACUUCUUUAACGUUGAAAAGACACAAGUACGACCUCAAAUUGCUCUUCAGAUUCACUACACCGAAGCUGGAGGCAUCACUGGUCACCUCAUGCUUCUCAUGAUGUUGAUGAUCUACACCACCGCGCACUACAGGAUCCGCCAGCAGUCCUUCGAGACCUUCUGGUACACGCAUCAUCUGUUCGUUCCCUUCUUGCUCGGAAUGUACACCCACGCCACUAGCUGUUUCGUGCGUGACACUGCCGCGCCCUUCUCGCCAUUUGCUGGAAAGGACUUCUGGGAUCAUUGCAUUGGUUAUGAGGGCUGGCGAUGGGAGCUUGUUGGUGGAGGUCUCUACUUGAUCGAUCGUUUCUACCGUGAAAUCCGUUCUCGCAGGCAGACACAGAUUGUCAAGGUUGUCCGUCAUCCAUAUGAUGCCGUCGAAAUUCAAUUCACCAAGCCCAGCAUGAGGUACAAGCCCGGACAAUGGCUUUUCAUAAACUGCCCGGACGUCAGCUACCACCAAUGGCAUCCUUUUACCAUCACCUCUUGCCCCAACGACCCCUACAUCUCCAUCCACGUCCGCCAGGUUGGUGACUUCACCCGCGCGCUCGCCGACGCUCUCGGUGCAGGACAGUCGCAAUCCAAGCUUUACGAUGAAUUGGACCCCAUGGGCAUGUAUGAGAUCGCUCUCCAGCACGGCCAGAAGAUGCCCGCUAUCAAGAUUGACGGUCCCUACGGAGCCCCCGCAGAAGACGUCUUCGAGAACGAAGUCGCUGUCCUCAUUGGUACUGGUAUCGGCGUUACCCCCUGGGCCUCAAUCCUCAAGUCCAUCUACCACCUCCGUCUCUCCCCCAACCCUCCCAAGCGACUCCGCCGCGUUGAAUUUAUCUGGGUUUGCAAAGACACCUCAUCCUUCGAAUGGUUCCAAACGCUCCUCUCCUCUCUGGAAGCCCAGUCCCCUGGCGGCCCCAACGGCGACCAAUUCCUCCGCAUCCACACCUACCUCACCCAGAAGAUCGACGUCAACACCGCGCAGAACAUCGUCCUCAACUCCGUCGGAACUGACAAGGAUCCCCUCACCGAGCUCAAGUCUCGCACCAACUUCGGCCGCCCAGACUUCGGCCGCUUGCUCUGCGGCAUGCGCGACGGCAUUCUCGACAGGACGUACAUGAGCGGCUUGGAGGGCACUCUCAGCACGGACGUCGGAGUGUACUUCUGCGGUCCUAACGUCGCAGCCAGGGAUAUCAAGAAGGCGUGUAAAUUGGCCACGUGCCAGGAGGUCAACUUCAAGUUCUGGAAGGAGCAUUUCUAA